AUGACAGCCUUCCAGGAAUCAGACUUAAUGCCGGUCUACUUUGUCGACAAGGUCUCCAACAUGAGGGUUCCGCUUCCAAUCAGCCGAGCAACAACAUGGAGCCAGCUCAUGACCUGUCUAUCCGAAGCCUCAGCCCCCAUCGCUGCUCAAGUCAAGAACAAUCUUUUCCGAUGGACCGAUCUGACCACCACAGGCCAAACAUCACCACGCCUGACGCAGGAAGACGGCCGUUGGCUCUUCCGCACGGCGACACUGGCCCUGAGAGAAGGCGAAGAACACCAUUUGCACUCUGAGUGGCGAGUUGUCACACGCAAAACUCUUGAUCGGUUGCGCAAAGACACCCGGAAAGAUGGCAUCAGUUAUGAGGUUCUACACACUGCACAAUAUAUUCGCGAUGAAGAAGCCACUCGGAUGUCAGCACCACCGUCGGGCUGGGGCAACCCGUUCACUACAGCACCUCCAAGCUUCACCACCCCUCGAACGUCAGGGCCGGCUUCACUCCCAACACUGUAUCAUGCGGCAGGCCCAGCAGUCCAAUACCAGCCAUGGCAGACCUAUGAAGGCCUACCCGCAAACCUCACUCCGCUGGGUCAUUCCGUUGCUAGACAAUUCCAUCCAGCAGACAACAUGUACCGAUCUCCGAGAAACCAGGUUAGGGGUCCACCACCAGCUUACGGUUCUGCUCGUCCUCAACAUUACAGCCCAUACCAAUCCUACGGCUCCCCAGCCAUGGGUUUCUAUCCUCCAACACCCGGUUUCCUUCCAGAUCUCCCGCGACCUCCUUAUCCGAUCUAUGAACGAGGGCCAAUUCCGACGCCACGCCCGGUUCAACAUCCGACUCCUCCUGUUCGGGCUCGCUAUCCACCGUCAUUCUCAGCUCCAUCUCAACUCUCAGUUCCUGCCAUCGCACCGUCUCCGGCUCACAUAGCUAUUCAACCAGUUGCAACUCCGGCUCGAGAUACCGCUUUCGCCCGUGCCCCAGCGACUCCACCAAGAGCACCGACGCUCCCACGCGCCCCAACACCGACAAGCCUCUCCCCGUGGACCCGCGACAUGGUCCCGCCACUGAUCGUCGACAGCGCUGAUAUCCAUUGGAGGCAUCGCGAAGCGACGCUGCGGGAAAAGGUCAGGAUCGGGCGAGCUCCGAUCGUCGACGCGAUGGAUUUGUGGACGGAGAAGUCAAAGCCACGGUAUUGA